AUGCACAGAACUUACUCCUUAAGGUCUCAAAGAGCACCGACAGCUGCUCAAUUGCAGUCUCCCCCCCCUCCUCCAUCAAGCACUAAAUCAAAGUUCUUUGGUACAGGUUCCCUUUCUCACUCUUUACGUAAGAGUACCGCUGGUAACUUUGGCCCAGAAUUGGCUAGAAAAUUGGCCCAAUUAGUCAAGAUGGAAAAGAACUUGAUGAGGUCAGUAGAACUCACUGCUAGGGAAAGAAAGGAUGUUGCAAAGCAAUUAUCACUCUGGGGUGAAGGUAACGACGACGAUAUCUCGGAUAUUACUGAUAAAUUGGGUGUUUUAAUUUACGAAAUUGGUGAAUUAGAGGACCAAUUUAUUGACAGAUAUGAUCAAUACAGACUUACUAUGAAAUCAAUCAGAGAUAUCGAGGGAUCUGUUCAACCAUCAAGAGAGAGAAAACAAAAAAUCACCGACCAAAUUGCUUACUUGAAGUAUAAAGACCCUCAAUCACCAAAAAUUAACGUUUUGGAACAAGAAUUGGUCAGAGCCGAAGCAGAGUCAUUAGUUGCUGAAGCUCAGUUGUCAAAUAUUACCAGAGAAAAAUUGAAGACCGCUUUUAACUAUCAAUUUGACUCCACAAGAGAACAUGCCGAAAAGAUCGCAUUAAUUGCUGGUUACGGUAAGGCAUUGUUGGAAUUGUUAGAUGAAAGUCCAGUCACUCCAGGUGAAACUAGACCUGCCUAUGAUGGUUAUGAAGCCUCUAAACAAAUCAUUAUUGAUGCUGAAAAUGCUUUGGCUUCCUGGACUUUUGAUUCAGCUGUUGUUAGACCAACUUUAUCCUUGGCUGCCCACGAUGACUACGAUACAGAUGAUUUGGCACAUGAAGCUGAUAAUUUGCAACUUACUGAACAACAGUGGGACGAUGAAGGUAAGGUAACUGCUUAA